AUGUUGCCAGCGCAGGAGGCCGCCAAGAUCUACCACACCAACUACGUGAGGAACGCCCGAGCCAUCGGCGUCAUGUGGUCCGUCUUCACCAUCUGCUUCGCCAUCAUCCUGGUGGUGGUCUUCAUCCAGCCCUUCUGGAUAGGUGACAGCGUCAACACCCCUCAGGCGGGAUAUUUCGGCCUCUUCCACUACUGCAUCGGCAAUGCUCUCACCUCGGAGCUGGUGUGCAAAGGUAGCGUUCUGGACUUCGCGUCGAUCCCGUCGGGUGCCUUCAGGACCGCUUUGUUCAUGGUCGGUUCGGGGAUGUUGUUGAUCGUGGGCACCAUCAUUGGGCUGAGCCUCUUCUGGUUUCUCAACGCUGGAAGUGUUUAUAAGAUAUGUGCCUGGAUGCAGCUGGCUGCAGCGGCCCUUUUAACCGUGGGCUGCCUAAUCUACCCGGACGGCUGGGACGCGCCGGAGGUGAAGCGCAUGUGCGGGGAGCGUACGGACAAGUACACGCUGGGCAACUGCACGGUGCGCUGGGCCUUCAUCCUCUGCAUCAUUGGCAUCCUGGACGCCCUGCUGCUCUCCCUCGUGGCCUUCACCCUCGGCAACCGACAGGACAAGCUGCUGCCCGACGACUUUGAAGUGGAAGGAGCCUGAAUGGAGCCUUUAUUGGGAAGCAUCAGCAGAACUGGUUCAUGUCAGCAGACAUAAAGACACUGAAGAGGCCAGCUUGACA